GUUGGUGUACCCUAUUCCUAUAUAUAUAGGGAAUAAUAACAUACAACAUAAGAACAAAUAUUGGUAUAGAAGAUGGAGGAGUACAACGAGGGUUCAUCGGAGGAGGCAACGCUGAGACCCGAACCAUGUUUAGAACACAAGGCGGAAAACUAUGAUGAUUUAGAAGAAGAAUUGGAAUUCGAUCCUUUAUUAUACACUUCUCUUGAGCGUUAUCUUCCAGAUAAUUUCAUUAAUUUAUCACGACUCGAUAAAGUUCCAUACUUGAAUCAAAUUCUUCUUGAUUAUUCUCCUCCAUCUCAGCGCAAUCAUAGGCAUAAACAUAGAGAAUAUAGACAAAAGAUCAUGUCAAAUUAUCAGCCUCUACACAAGGUGUUAUAUACCAUGCACCCAACAAAUUUCUUUGUGCCUUCAUUUCUUAAGGCCAUCUCUGAGAACACCGAACAAAGCUUCAGAAGUAUAAUGUCUGAACCCUCUCCGGGUAUUCUAACAUUUCAAAUGCUUCAACCACGUUUUUGUGACAUGAUGUUGGAGGAGGUAGAAAAUUUUGAAAAAUGGAUUCGUGAAACAAAAUUCAGAAUCAUGCGUCCAAACACAAUGAACAAAUAUGGAGCAGUACUCGAUGAUUUUGGCCUUCAAACCAUGCUUCAGGAAUUUAUGGAGGAUUUUAUACGUCCCAUUUCAACAGUUUUAUUUACUGAAGUUGGUGGAUCAACACUCGAUAGCCAUCAUGGUUUUGUUGUUGAGUAUGGGACAGAUAGAGAUGUUGAUUUAGGUUUUCAUGUUGAUGAUGCUGAAGUUACUUUGAAUGUGUGUUUGGGGAAACAAUUCGAUGGUGGAGAAUUGUUCUUUCGAGGUGUGCGAUGCGAGAAACAUGUAAACACUGAAACACAACCAGAGGAGAUUUUUGAUUAUUCUCAUGUUGGGGGAAAUGCAAUUCUUCAUUGUGGUCGCCAUAGACAUGGUGCUAGAGCAACAACAUCAGGAAGGAGGACCAACUUGUUAAUAUGGUGCAGAAGCUCUGUGUUUAGAGAGAUGAAGAAGUACCAAACAGAUUUUUCCAACUGGUGUGCAGAGUGCAAGCGUGAAAAGGAAGAAAAGAGGCGGAAAAAUGUUUUAUUGCUCAAAUCGGAGAUGCGCCUAAGAUUUUUAUAGCUAUUCAGAAGAGUUGGGAAAACAUCGAGGGAUUAAUUGAAAAAUUUGAGACAAAUAUAAGAGUAUUAUUUUUUUUAUUUACGCUUUAAUUUAUCGUAUACAAUUAUCUACCGUCAAUAGAUAUGUUAUUUAAAAGGAAAAAAAAAGAAUGAACAUGUCAAUGUGUGUUAAUUUA